UGACCCGAGAAUCCCAUUAGAUAUUGCAAAGCCCCACCAACCCUCCUUCUCUUUCCCAACUGCCAAGGCAACAAAUCGUAAUCGGAGCUUUCUCUCUCUCUGCAAAUAUUAUUAUUAUUCCGUCAUAAACUUUCCCCAUUUUCCGGCUAGAUUCCUCUCCGUUUACUGCAUAACUUUCGCCGUUUGCGCAACCAUCGAGAGUUGUUACGUGUUUCCUUGUCUUGGUGUUGCUGGUUCCUCAUCUUAUUGGUUAACAAAGAUUGGUUGAAGUCCUUAAAAACAUGAAGUGGACCUGCUAGUUAUUACAGUUUUGAUGUGUUCUUGAUUAAUGUAUUAUACAAGAUUAAAGUUCAGCAUAAUUGUACUCAAUCCAAUAUUACAAUACCUGGUCUACUAUAUUUGUUAAUGCUUCAUUGAAACAGUUGUGACAUUGAACAGAUGUUUCUGGUUAGAUGGAAGAGAGUAUUACUUUUUCUAUCUCUUAUUCUGACUUUGGCAGAGUCCUCAAGCGGACCGUGGUCAAUUUGGUCAAGCAACCUUGGUGGUGUACAUUCAUCGCUUUUCACCGGGACAAUAUUCAGCGCAAGCAUUUGUGUACUUGUUGCUCUUUUUCUUUCCACAUAUCUUAUCUUUGAGCAUUUAGCUGCUUACAAUCAACCUGAGGAACAGAAGUUCUUGAUUGGGCUCGUUCUGAUGGUUCCUGUUUAUUCAUUGGAGUCGUUUUUGUCACUAUUGGAUGCAGAUGCUGCAUUCAACUAUGAAAUAAUCAGGGACUGGUAUGAAGCUUUUGCCUUAUAUUGCUUUGGGAGAUAUCUUAUAGCCUGCCUAGGUGGAGAGGAUAGUACUAUUGAGUUCAUGGAAAGUAAUAGUGUUAUUAGCCACAGCAUACCUCUAAUAGAAGAAUCAUACACUUACGGAAUCGUCGAACACCCUUUCCCACUCAGUUGCUUCCUUAGGGAAUGGUAUCUUGGUCCUGAAUUUUACCAGGCUGUAAAAAUUGGCAUUGUGCAAUAUAUGAUACUGAAGCUGGUCUGUGCGCCGUUAGCAAUGAUUUUUCAAGUUCUUGGUGUUUAUGGGGAAGGGAAAUUCGAAUGGGGAUAUGCGUACCCAUACUUGGCAGUUGUUCUUAACUUCAGCCAGACGUGGGCUUUAUAUUGCCUGGUGCAGUUUUAUUCGGUAACCAAGGAUAAGCUAGCACCGAUCAAACCGUUGGCCAAGUUCUUGACUUUUAAGUCAAUCGUAUUCCUGACUUGGUGGCAAGGUGUUGCUGUAGCCUUCCUUUUCUCUAUGGGUGCACUGAAAGGAUCUUUGGCCCAGGAGCUAAAAACCCGUAUACAAGAUUAUAUCAUCUGUAUUGAGAUGAGUGUGGCUGCUGUGGUUCACCUAUAUGUUUUUCCAGCAGUACCUUACAAACGUGGAGAGCGAUGUGUACGUGACGUGUCUGUGAUGACCGACUAUGCAUCAUUAGGAGCUCCACCCGAUCCGGAAGAGGUUCGAGACUGUGAGAAAACACCUAGACUAAAUCUUGCUCGACAUGAGGACAGACCACACCGUCCCAGGUUACAUCAGAGUGUUCGUGAUGUCGUCUUUGGAAGUGGUGAAAUUAUUGUGGACGACAUGAAGUAUACAGUUUCUCAUGUUGUAGAGCCAGUAGAAAGGGGACUAGCAAAGAUAAACAGAACUUUUCAUGAGAUAUCGGAAAAUGUAAAACGACACGAGGAUAGAAGAAGAGGUCCGAAAGACGAUAGUCAUCUCAUUCCUUUGAAUUCCUGGACCAAUGACUUUCCUCACAUUGAUGAUGUGGAAAAAGGCAGUUUCAGUGACAGCAAUCUGACUAAUGGUAGGCGACAACGACAACAAUCAAAGACACCGUUUUCUCAAUUAUGGUGAUUAAUUCAAAGACACUGUACAAGUAUGUUGAGGGUAGCAGCUAAUCUAUAAAGAUUAACAAGCGUAGGAUAUACGAUUGCAGCUGAUAAUAGAGGUACUACUGAUCUUGAUAUGUGUACUUGGAAUGGAAAUUAUUCGGUUUUUAAAUGAAUGAAUGAUCGAUUGUAUAUAUUUCAUAGCAAUAUCUUAGACUGGAACAUGUAUGAGGUUAUUUUUUUUACAGAAUUUUUAAGCCAAAGGUUUUCUUCAUAUAA